AUGAAUCAGAGGAAGGUUAUCAAUGAUCAUGCUACCGACGUUGCUUCGGCUCACCGUGUGUGCACGGCAAAGUAUCAUGAACGCUUUAUCGCUCUUGUGGCUGCCGUGGAGGAUCUUAGAGAUAUCCAGGCAAAAGAUCCCUGCUUUUUGGAAUACGAAUAUGAGUUUGAUAUGCCUCCCUCUUCUGGCUAUUACAGUGAUUCGAGCGACGCUGAGGAGAGCGGAGAGGACGGUGAUGAACCUGCAAAUUUCUAUGGUAGUGACUUAGACUUCCAAGAGAAAUGGCGAAUUUAUCAUCUUAAAAGGAACAAGAUUAUGGGUCUUUGCCAGAGUCUGCAUUUUGCCCGUGACCAUGCGCAAGAAGUGGCGAUUUGCAGGCCUAUUUUAGAUCCAAGCUAUUUCCUCUCCACUUCGAGUCCCAAUCCUCCCGAUAGUCAUGUUGUUACCGCAUAG